AUGCGUUUCGAUAAAAUUUAUAAAGAAUGACGACUGUACAUUUCGUAAAGAAUAUAAUCAUGUGCACGUGUUACAAUCAUUUGUGAUGUUCUUAUAUAAACUACAGUAGCGUUGAGAUUGAAGAGAGGGAAAAAAUCGACAGAUAAGGUCGGUGGAAUAUAAACAUUCACUCCCUGAGAGUAUUGCAGAAACGAUUCGAACAGUUUGCCACACAGUCCGUUACAUACUUUGUGCACAAUAAUGGAUUUGCAAACAUUUUUUUUCACUUUUACAACUUUGUCUAUUAUUUCAUUGGUUCUGUUUCAUUAUUAUGUUCAUGGAAGUAGACGAGGACGUUUAGUUGAUAAAAUUUCCGGACCAAAAUGGUAUCCUAUUAUUGGAAAUGCUCUGGAUAUUUUAGUACCAUUAGAAAAUAUAUGGCACUUUCUACGUCGAUCAGGUCGUGACUUCUAUCCUAUUUAUAAAUUUUGGAUCGGCUCAUUUCCACUCGUAAACAUAAUUCACCCAGAUGACAUUCAGAUACUAUUAAGCAGCAACAAAAAUAUUCGAAAGAGUAUGUUUUAUGACUUCUUGCAUCCAUGGUUGAAAGAUGGACUUUUAACAAGUACAGGAGAAAAGUGGAGAACUAGAAGAAAAAUUUUGACUCCUGCAUUCCAUUUGAAUAAUUUACAAGAAUACACUGCAUCCAUUAUUGAGCAUACUAAUCGAUUAGUGAAGUCUCUAAAAGCUGAAGUUAAAUCUGAUGGUGUUGUUAAAGACCUUUCUCCGUUGAUGACUAAAUUUACUCUGGAUACCAUUUGUGAAUCUGCAAUGGGAGUAACAGUAUCAGAACAGAGUGAACAACAAAAUAAUUACAGAAAAUCUGUCCAUGAUAUAGGAAACAUCUUUUAUUACAGAGCAGUACGACCUUGGCUGAUGCCUGAUUGGAUUUUUUCAUUGACAUCCAGAGGUGCUAAUCAAGCAAAAGCAUUAAAAACACUCCAUGGGUUUUCUUCCAAAAUUAUUAAUGAACGUAUGGAAUAUCAUCAAGAAUCCGGAGGCAAAUAUCUUCAAGAUGUUUCAUCUUCAUCAAGCACUAAUUCAACCAGUAUUGAAGCCAAUGGGAAAUCUAAACGUCGACGAUUAGCUUUCCUGGAUCUAUUGAUAGCAGCAUCAAAAAGUGGAAUUGGAAUUGAUUCUCGAGGGAUUCAAGAAGAAGUAGACACCUUCGUGUUUGAGGGUCAUGAUACAACAGCAAUGAGUUUAAUUUUCACUAUUCUUGUUUUAGCUGAACAUAAAGAAAUACAAGCACGUAUAAGAGAUGAAGUUGGUGAUAAAUUAAGAAAGAAUGAUGGAGAAUGGUCAAUGAGUGUUGUACAGCAAUGUUCGUACUUAGAACAAUGCAUCAAAGAGUCACUUAGACUUUAUCCAAGUGUUCCUGUGAUAGGAAGGAAGAUUGAAGAAGAUUUACAAUUAAAGCACGCUUUUGUACCAAAAGGAUCAGUUGCAAACAUUCAUAUAUUUGAUGUCCACCGUGAUCCGAAUUUCUGGCCAAGACCCAACGUUUUUGAUCCGGAUAGAUUUCUCCCAGAAAAUUGUGAAUCUCGACAUCCGUUUGCUUAUGUUCCUUUCAGUGGUGGACCACGUAACUGCAUUGGUCAAAAGUUCGCGAUGCUUGAGCUGAAAAUACUAGUGGCAGGAUUGUUACAUAAUUUCUAUAUCGAACCUGAAGAAGCUACUGCUGGUGUUCGUAUUCUUCCAGAUCUCGUCCUUAGAUCCUCUCAUCCAGUUUUUGCAAAAUUUAUACCAAUUGCAACAUUGAAAACAAUGUCAAUAAUAAAUAUUUUUAUUUCUCUCAUUUUGUUGCCUUUAUUAUAUUUCAUUUUUAAAUAUCUUCAAAAUUUUCGAAGAAUCGCUAAGCUAGUCGCUAAAGUACCUGGACCACCAGGAUUACCAAUUAUUGGGAAUACUUUGGAUAUUCUUCAACCUCCAGAGGAAUUAUGGCAGAUGAUGAGAAAAUUAAGUAAAGAAUAUUAUCCAAUAUACAAGCAGUGGAUAGCCGAUUAUCCAGUUGUCCAUCUUCGUCAUCCAGAUGAUGCUGAAGUUUUGUUGUCAAGCCAUAAAAAUAUAACAAAAAGUGUAGUUUAUAUAUAUUUACUUCCUUGGUUUGGGACUGGACUUUUGACAAGCUCUGGACAAAAAUGGCAACACAGAAGGAAAAUAUUAACACCAGCUUUUCAUUUUAAUAUUCUGAAAGAGUUUACUGAUGUUUUUGAUGAAGAGGGUCGUAGAAUAGUGAAAGAAUUAAUGUCUAAAAAUGAUGACGUCACUGUGGACCUGAUUUCAUUUAUUCCUAAAUACACUUUGAAUGCAAUUUGUGGUAUAAUAUUCAAUCUUAAUGAAUUAAUCAUCAAUAUGAAUAAGUAGAUUAUUAUAAUAUAUUUAUUCUGAUUUUUAGAAACUGCCAUGGGUACAUCACUAGCUAAAAUGGAAAAUACUAAUAACAAUUUCCACUCUGUUUAUAGAAAAGCUGUCCAUGACUUAGGAAAUAUCAUCAUCAAAAGACUACAAAGGCCUUGGAUGAGGUGGAAUUUCAUGUUUUAUUUAUUCUCAGAAGGACGAUAUCAUGAUAAAUGUCUUGAAAUCAUUCGCAGUUUCUCGAAGAAAAUCAUUGGAGAACGUAAAAAGUUUCAUGAAGAAACAAAAAAUGUUCACCUGAAUGAAGUUAACAAAAUAAAUUCUUAUGAUGAAGAAAUAUAUUUCAAAGCAUCGAAAAAUAAAUUAGCUAUGCUUGAUCUGCUUAUUGCAGCAAUGAAAAAUGGUCACAUUGAUGAUGACGGAAUCUGGGAGGAAGUGGAUACGUUCAUGUUUGAGGGACAUGAUACUACUGGAAUGGGUAUUUGUUUUACGUUAUUGCUUCUUGCAGAACAUAAAGAUAUUCAACAAAAAGCUAGAGAAGAAGUUGAUGAAGUCUUAAACAAAACCAAUGGUCAUUUUGGUAUAUCAGAGCUCCAACAGCUCCCUUAUCUCGAGCGAUGUAUCAAAGAAGCUUUACGGUUGUAUCCAAGUGUACCACUUAUCUCAAGAGCUAUCACUGAAGAUUUGCAACUAAAGAACUAUUUAAUUCCAUCCGAUGUGACGACACAUUUACAUAUUUACGACUUGCAUCGAGAUCCUAAUUUUUGGCCUAAUCCACUGCGUUAUGACCCCGACAGAUUCUUGCCAGAAAAUAUUCAAGGUCGUCAUCCUUUCUCAUACAUUCCAUUUAGCGGAGGACCACGAAAUUGCAUUGGCCAGAAAUUUGGCAUGCUGGAGUUGAAAGCGAUGAUAGGACACUUGUUACAUAAUUUUUAUUUUGAACCGGUGGAUUUGGCAGCUCAGGUCAAGAUCAUUCCAGAUUUGGUGUUGAGGCCUAUGCAUGGAGCUCGAAUGAAAUUUGUACCCCGACAUUUCGAAUGCACUGACUCAGUGCAACUGAUUUACAUAAUGAUAUAUAAAUCUUCAAGGCUUCCAAAAAAAAAGCUAGCUAUGCUUGACCUUCUUAUCAAAGCAUUGAAGAAUGAUUAUAUCACUGAUGAUGGUGUUUGGGAAGAAGUGAAUACUUUCAUGUUUGAAGGUCAUGAUACUACUUCAAUCGGAAUGUGUUUUAAUCUUUUACUUUCGGCUGAACAUCCAGAAAUCCGACAACGAGCUAGAGAAGAAGUGGAUAAAAUAAUGAAGACCACUGAUGAUCACAUGAGCAUGAAAGAGCUCCAACAACUCUCUUACCUUGAACGAUGCAUUAAAGAAGAUUUGCGGUUGUACCUAAGUGUACCUUUUAUUUCACGAAAAGUCACAGAAGACAUGCAACUGAAAAAAUACUUGGUUCCAACUGGUUCAAUAGUAAAUCUACAUAUCUUCGACUUACAUCGCAAUCCAAAUUUCUGGCCCGACCCAGAUCGUUAUGAUCCUGAUAGAUUUCUGCCAAAUAACAUUCAUGAACGACAUCCUUACUCAUAUAUUCCAUUCAGUGGUGGACCACAAAAUUGCAUAGGUCAGAAGUUUGCAAUGUUAGAGUUGAAAGCUAUGAUAGCACAUCUGCUACAUUAUUUUUAUUUCGAACCUGUAGACCGGACUACUAAUGUUUGUCUCUAAGCAGAUGUGGUAUUAAGACCCAAACAUCCCAUUCGAAUGAAAUUCAUACCUCGGAAAGGGUUAUGA